UGUUCUUGUGGCCCCGCCCUCGUUACGCUCCGAACGUACCAAGCGUGAUCUCCCGCAACGUGGUGACGCAAUGGGACGUAGCAGCAGCGACUGUGACUUGCCAAAUGGAGAAAGGGGGCGAAAACAAGGCUCAGCCCUCCAAGUGGAAGGUUUUGUUCUCUCGCCAAACAACAAACAUCGACAAACGGGGCAGCGUUGACAACAGCGGGCCGGGCAGCGAACGAGAAGCCACGGGAGACUUUGUGAAAGAGUUUGUUGCAGUGCGAGUCCAGGAUCCGCGCACUCAGAACGAGGGUUCUUGGAAUUCCUACGUCGACUACAAGAUAUUCCUACAUACCAACAGCAAAGCCUUCACGGCCAAGACGUCCUGCGUUCGGCGGCGCUACAGCGAGUUUGAGUGGCUCAGGAAGAAGCUGCAGAAGAAUGCCGGCUUGGUUCCGGUCCCAGACCUUCCUGGAAAAUCCUUUUUCUCCUUCAACAAUGAGGACUUCCUGGAGAAAAGACGAAGAGGACUUCAAGUCUUCUUGGACAAAGUGGUGCACACCACGGUCUGCCUGUCGGACAGCCAGCUCCACCUGUUCCUGCAGACCCAGCUGCCCGUCGGUCACAUCCAGGACUGCGUUCAGGGCCUCACGCCGUACUCCGUGACGGACGCCAUCCUCACCUACGCCUCGUCCAAUCGGGGGCUGGCUCAGGCUCAGCAGGAGGACUCCGUCAGGGAUCCCAGUCUGACCAUUUCCUACGAGUCCAUGGAAAGUCCGGCUCCUCACCAGCCUUCCCUACAGCCGCACCCGACUAUCCACCCUAAACCCGUCCCAGGGGCAGAUUCAGAUCCCCUGGAAGACAUACUGGAGCUCUGUGAGCAGAGGCCAGACGAAACGCGGCGGGGGGGCGACGCCUCCAUAAGGAUCUCCCAGAGGAGCGACCAGCUGGAGGCCGUCGUCGAGGGGGGCGCCUCCGCCAGGGUCUCCUUCUAUCUGGGGGAGAUCCAGACGGAUUCAGAGAGCCUCGGCUCUGCAGAGCUAAGCUGCGUGAUCCAGACUCCCGUGGAGGUACACUCGCCCGAAGGGGACGACGUCUUUGAGGACGAAACUGCUCCCCCGGCCUCUGAAGAAAGGAGGAAAUCAGAGUCUGUAAUGUGUGUAGGCUCUGAAGAGGUCCUGACUGUGGAGGACGACGAGCAGGAGGCAGGAGGAAGCCACGCCGCGUCAGAAGACGUCAAACCAGGUAACGAGACGGACAGCAGAGAGGAGACUGCGCCUCAGUCAGGAACUCGCCAGGAGAGGCAGACUGUGGAGGGGGAACCGGAGGAGGAUGGCAGUGACUCGCACCGAGCAGAAGCCAAAAACGGGGACGGAGAGGACAGCGAGGAGGACAGCCGCUCGCUGCCGUCUUCCAAUGACAGCAUCGUGCGGUGCAGCGAGGAGGAAAGUCUAAGCGGGGAGGCGGAGGAGGCGAUGCAGGUGAAGUCGCCUCCCGAUGGGGUCAGAAACGGGUCGGAAGCGGACGGCUCCGGCCGGGCCGUUUUUUACAUGAACGGAUGUAACGGGGACGAGGCAGACGGUCAGCCGUGCACCACCAACGGUGAAUGUCCAGAGCCCAAAGCCGCUGCAGCCGACGGAGAUCUGACUGAAAACUGUGACUUUAGCAUCUUAGGGACCAGCUGUCAGCCCGGAGUAGACGAUGGUACGUUUACAAACCACCAAGCACCCGUCUCCAUACCUGUGGGCGGCUCAGAGGAGAGCUGGAACCAAAGCUACCCAACUAAAGCCGCUCCGCCGUCACUGGGCCAGAACCACGAAGCGCUAGUUUCUUCUCCCGCAGAACCGUGAAAGAGGCACAAAGAGAUGUUCCGUUAAAUACACAGUGCCUUGCCGUACUAUUUAAACUUUUUCAGGUUUUUUUUUUCACGCUGCAAACACAAACUUCAGUGUUUAAUUGGGAUUUCCAUGUCAGACCAACAAUAAUAGAAGCUCAUUGUGAUACGAAGGGAAAAGGAAACGCGGCUUCUAACAAACAAACGUCUGGAACUGCCUCUUCCUGCAGUUACAGCUGCAAAUCCUUUACACACAUAGAAAACCGUAGUUAGAUCUGGACUUUGACUGGGCCGUUCUAGCCCACAGUUAGGCUCUGACCUAAACCUUUACCACGGUAGCUCUGGCUGCAGGACGUUUUAUAACCUAACCCCGUUUUAAACUUCACAGCUUUUUUUCCUGCGUUUCCUGGUCGUUUACAUCCUGAUAAAUGUUUUCUACAUAGAUAUAAAAGAACUGCGGUGAAGUAAAAGGCUUUAAAAACCACUUCCGAUUGGAUAACACUAACAGAACAGUACAUAACGUUUUAACGAAGUGAAUAAAUAAUGGCGCUGUGAUGGCCGCGCAUAUUCACAGCCGGUGUUCAGCAGCUUGUCGGCAGGAUGCUGCUCCUGUAACGUCGUCUAACAAGCCUCUGAGGCCUCCGCAGAACAGCUUGAUUUCAUACUGAGAUUAAAUUACACACGUGGGUAAUGUUUACCAGCGGGGUGGCUCUGAAAGGCAGUUUGUUGCGCUGGAUUUUUAUUUGAAUAAAGGCCGAUGAACGCACUUCAGGUUUUAUUCGAUCAGGUGUUUUAAAGCAGUGCAGUUAUGCAGGACAUUGUGCUGGUCUGUCGCAUUAAAUCCCAAUAAAACACAUUUGUGGUUUGUAGUGACAAAACUACAAGGGGGUACGAAUACUUAUGGAAGGCAUAAAUCAUCCUCAUAAUGUUUAAUUAAAGUCAUAUUAAUCCCAGAGAAGCAGCUUUAGAUUUGGGGUUUCCUCAUUGUUGCUGCUGCCUUUAAAAACAGCUGAUCAAGCAGUUUAAUCUAUCCUGACCAGCAGAGGGCGCUAGAGUUACAGCGUUCACAGGAGGAUGCUUCUUAACCCUCUUCCUUAUUUUUGCCAUCUUAAAGAGGAUUUAUAAGAUGGAAACUAAACUGGAGUAGAACUAUUAAAAUCUUGUUUAAAACAUUUUUCCUAAGCUGUUUUUCGGAAAACGUUGAAGUUCAAGCUGCCACGCUGAGGCUUUACGGCACAAACCCAGAGGGCUUUUUUUUUUUAACUGGAUGUUCUGAAAGGUGUUCUUCAUAAUAGCAAAGAGGUCUCUUAUCGGCAUCCUCCUGUUUAUAAAUGACGGCUGUGUUGGUCAGCAUCGAUUUUGAUGCAUUUUAGCCCAAAGAAAAUGAAAAGGCCAGCUCCUGCUGCCUGGACAAAAUAAUAGAUGAUAACAGAAAAACAUAAUUGAUCAGUUUAUUGUUGAUAUGAGUCACCAACAAAGAGCCUCGACUACGCGUUUAGUGAUAAAAUGUGAACUUUGAAGAGUUUGUCGCAAGGCUAAAGAAAUAUAUCCAGAGACCACCUGAUAAAUGAAUCUUUCACCGCAGCUUAAUCUGCAGAAAAAAUCCAACCUUUAAUUUAAGCACAUGUUAAAAAAAAUUGUUUUUAACAAAAUUAGUGGUGGCAAAAUUAUUACAAAUCCCUUUGAAAGUUAGUUUUUAUUUGACCAGUUUCUGGAAAUGAGUAAUCCAUGAUUUUCUGACAUGACACGAUGGUAAGAGAGGAAGAAAAGGCUGACGUCGGGAGAACUGCAGCCCAGAGCGCUAUCUUUAGACCACUGAUGGUGACGACUGUAUCCUCGGAGGGUUUGAUUAAAAACAUGUAUUUCUAAUGUGGAGUGAAAAGUCCUGCAUUUCUGAUGAAAAGUUCCUAAAAACUCUGAUCAACUUUAAAAAUAACCCAGUGUGAAAUAAAAAUGGACUAUGGCAUUUAUUUUAAAAGGACUCUUGGUAGUGCCAAAAAUUGCCACCAGUAUUUUUGUUAAAAACUAUUAAGAGAUUUUAUCCCCGUUUUGAAUGUAUUCAAAUUAAUUUUUGUUUUUCUUUUUGUGUGUGAUUAUGCUGCUGAAAUAGUUUCUUUUAAAGCAUCUUUUUUCAGGGACGCCAGUAAAUGUUUUCAUGUCUACGGUUCACUCCUCUGUUAACCCGGAUGUGGAACAGAUGAAUGCAUUUCCAUAAUGUUAUUUUCUGAAUGUCGGUUCACAAUUUGCAUGUAAAUUCAUCCGCGUUCCUCCAAUUACACUUAAAGGAACCUCCCGUUUGGUGAACAGCACUGGGUGUACAUGCACUUUGCUUGGGUGGGUUGCUGUAAUUUCCUCCAUUGUUUUAUUUUUUGUUUUUAUUUUAAAAUAUUCUUGAAGAUGAAUAUGUGAGCCUCUAGUCCAGCCGGUCGUGUUGACGUACCUGUUCUCACACUACUACUUCUCAUACUCGUGAUUCUUGCUGCGUUUUGAAAGGGACCCUGCGUUGUCUACUGAAUAUGUUUUGUUUCUUUUGAAGUAAAAUAAACGAAUGUGGAUCUAAAGGGGGGAAAAAAAAUCCACCAAAAAUGUACAGAUUUCAAAAUAAUUUCAAUAAACAUCUUCUUCCACA